UCAACAAUUUUCCUUCACAUACCCCAACACACAAAUCACCUCUACUCAAGCGAUUUGUUUCCGCAUCCAUUAUUCUUUGGAUUUUUUUCAUCAUCAUCCUCCUGCAGACGUAUCUGCAAAUCAAGUGAACAAAAAUGGCCUCCACUGCAUGCUUCUUGCACCACCAUGCACUCACCACUCCUAAUGGAUUGUCUUCAUUGUCCCAGCAGCGUCAACUGUCUAGCACCACCAAGCCCACCAACCAGUUCGUCUGCCGUGCCACCCACAAGCAGCCUCCACAGGACGAGGAUGUUGCCGUUGUUUCCAGAAGAUUGGCUCUUACAGUACUCAUUGGUGCUGCUGCCAUUGGCUCCAAGGUUUCUGCUGCGGAUGCUGCCUAUGGUGAAGCUGCCAAUGUAUUUGGCAAGCCUAAAACAAACACAGACUUCUUGCCAUACAAUGGAGAUGGAUUCAAAUUGUCAAUUCCAUCAAAAUGGAAUCCAAGCAAGGAGAGAGAGUUCCCAGGACAGGUUCUUAGAUAUGAGGACAACUUUGAUUCCAACAGCAAUGUUUCUGUUAUUGUCACCCCAUCUGAUAAGAAAUCCAUCACUGACUAUGGUUCCCCUGAGGAAUUUCUUGCUACGGUGAAUUUUUUACUAGGAAAACAGGCUUACUUUGGCAAAACAGAAGCUGAGGGAGGCUUUGCUCCGAAUGUUGUGGCAACAGCAAACAUAUUGGAGUCUUCAACCCCAACAAUCAGUGGGAAGCAAUAUUACUUUUUGUCUGUGUUAACAAGGACUGCUGACGGAGACGAAGGUGGGAAGCAUCAACUGAUCACAGCGGCUGUGAAAGAUGGGAAUCUUUACAUUUGCAAGGCACAAGCUGGAGAUAAGAGGUGGUUCAAAGGAGCAAGAAGGUUUGUAGAGAGCACAGCUAGUUCCUUCAGUGUUGCUUAAGGAGACAUAACCAAGAAAAUUUGCAUGUAAAUCAACUUUUAAUAACGUAUGGUGUUUGUUUUGAGUUAUCUGUCUAGCCCUUCUUUUUUUGCAAUGUUUCAGAGCUAGAGAGUUGGAUAUGGAAGGAGAUUGAUUGUGGAUAUUAUAACAUUUCCUUAAGUUAAUUGUAAUGAGUGGAAAUGUUCUCUCUCUGUUUA